CUCGAAACUAGGAAAUGUUUCCCAUAGAGAAAUAUUUCCAAUACACUGCCAUUGCAGAGGGACUGCGAAAGGAGGUCGCAGUCUCCUUAUGUCGCUGCCUCCUCGGCUUGAGGGGCCAUUAAUGACAUCUAGGGAUUUUAAUUUUCUUUUUGGGGGGGGGAGUUUGCAAUCCGAAACCGACUGGCUUUGUCUCUGUUAGUGGGGAAUGAGCGACGAGAAAAGCCCGGGCAACUGCAAGAGAAACUCUGGGUGUUCCAGUAUUGAGCAAAUGCUGGCUGUGAACCCCGGGAAGACGCCGAUCAGUCUGCUGCAGGAGUAUGGAACGCGGAUAGGCAAGACCCCGGUGUAUGACCUCCUGAAGGCCGAGGGCCAGGCCCAUCAGCCUAACUUCACCUUCCGCGUCUCCGUGGGCGACAUCAGCUGCACCGGCCAAGGGCCCAGCAAGAAGGCCGCAAAGCACAAAGCCGCCGAGGCAGCCCUCAAAAUGCUUAAAGGGGGAAUAGGGGGAGUCGCUGGAGUAGAGAGUUUUGCUGGAGUCGACAUGUCUUUAGAUGGAGAAUGCAUCCCAGCAGAAAUGAAGUCAACCAGCUCUACUCAGCAAGUCGAGUGCAAUCCAGUAGGAGCGCUACAGGAGCUUGUGGUGCAGAAAGGCUGGCGUUUGCCUGAGUACACGGUGACACAGGAGUCCGGGCCUGCCCAUCGUAAAGAGUUCACCAUGACCUGCCGCGUGGAGAGAUUUGUUGAAAUCGGCAGUGGUACAUCCAAGAAGCUUGCCAAGCGCAACGCAGCAGCAAAGAUGCUCUCCAGGAUCCAUGACGUGCCAGUGGAUCUGCGCAGCAGCCAUGAAGCUGAGGCGGAGGACGAUACCUUCACUAUGCAGCACCGUUUGGAGGGUGGGAAGUGCAAGGGCUUUGGCUGCACCUGGGACUCGCUCCGCAACUCGGCCGGCGAGAAGAUCCUGCAGCUGCGCAGCCACCCACUGGCCACGGCCAGCUCCACCGCCAACUUUUGCUCCCUGCUACACGACCUGUCGGAGGAGCAACGCUUUGACGUCAGCUACCUGGACCUGGAGGAGCGCAGUCUGAGUGGCCUGUGCCAGUGUCUGGUGGAGCUCUCCACCCAGCCCAUAACCGUGUGCCACGGCUUCGCCCCCAGCCUGGAUGCCGCCCGGGCAAACGCUGCCCACAAUGCACUUCAGUACCUCAAAAUCAUGGCAGGUGGGAAAUGACCCUGUUCUGCUGACGAGACCUCACACUUUUUUUCUUUCUUUCCCUUUUUCUCUACCCCCUCUAUUUGAAGGGGCUGUUGUUAGAAAUGGUUAAGGUGACCUUCUCCAAAUCUUGUUUAUGUCCUCAGUUCUGUGAAGUGAGGGUUUGUGUGGGAUUCUGUGACUCCCAGUGAUGUUACUCCAACGUUUCCCCCUGAUGCAAGAUCUCAUUUGAGAGCUGUAGAGCCACCCUAUGGAUUACAAAAUUGAACAAUUCUCCUCCAUCUAGAUUUAGCAUAUAGUGUAGUUAAACUUUGAUAUAAUGUGGCAGUGCAUUAUAUUCAUUUUAAAGUCUAGUUGCACUUGUCCUAUUGAACUAUGUGCUGCACUAGCAAAUGUUAUUACUAUUGAGAGUCCCAUGUUCUUAUUGUUUAUCUUGCAAUUCCCCACUUAUUUUAACAAUUGAUGUUUAAAUUGUCUAUAUAUGUCUAGUGUGUUUAGCUUUUAGCCAUUAACAUGUUUCUAAAUUGUGCUCUUAAACUGCAGUGGCCUUUUUAACCAUGACAUGAAAUAAUUAGCCAAUCUGAUCACUGGCAUUUUUAGAAAUGUGACCUAUCCACUCUCUAGAUUACAAGGGUAAUUGGACAAACUGCUAGUGUUCAUUUUUGUUUUAGUUAUAAUCAGAGUUGGUGACUGACAGAACUAAUUACCUUUUAAGAACAAGCCCAGUUUUAAUAAUUGUUAGACUUAAUAUUUCUGUCCUGUACCCAAAUUUAAAAUGAUGCUCCAAACAUGAUGUGCUAAAACUAUGCUUUUAUGAUCACCUCAGGAAGAUGCACAUAAUGUGCAUUUUCAGCUGCCAAAAAAAUUACUAGACAUCAACUCGACUACAAAGUAUGUGUUAUGUAACAAAUUAGUGUCAUUACUGGCAGAUGUCCCAGUAGAAUCCAUGGGAUUAAAAAGAGAAGGCUCCCUGUUGUGACUCUUUGAGAUAUUUUCUGAAUUUUUAUUAGUCACCAUUUCUGGAAAUGGGCAAUACAUAGAGAGAAACUGGGAAAUGGAGAAAUGAAUGCAUUCUCAAUUGUACAAAUAAUGUUUUGUUGGAUUUUAUUUACUGUAAUACAUUAUAGCAGUCUAACACCUGUCUGCUUUACAACAUUUUCAAAAAAUAAAUUUAAUAAAGUCUUUUAAAUACA